UAUCCUCUGUAAUCUCGUAUCCGAAAUUCUCGAUAAUCAAUCUCUUAUCCUCAUCAAAUAAAAAAAAAUGCGAUUUUUAUUUUUGGGUGUUUGCGUUUGCACAAAAAUUUUGACUUUGAAUUUGGGGUAGUAAUCAAAAGCACAUUCUGGGUUGAUUCGUUUUUUAGUACAAACUACAAAGACAUUGAUUUUGUCAAAGCUUACCUUCUUAUCUAUAAAAUUAAAAUUUCGUUUUUUUUUUCCUUUUUAUUCUUUUUCUACCCAAUUGUAGGAUCAUUAGAAGAAGUAGAUUCUUACGUUGCUACAAUUUCGUGAUUAGAUUGUUUCGUGUAUCCUCAAAAAGCGGAAGAGAAAUCGUGUUUAUAGAUUUUAACAAGAUUUCGUCUUAAGGUUUCUCAAAGGUGAAAUAAGUUUAGCUGCAUUGAGUUAUAUUUGAGCAGAUAGUUUAUUAGGAAGGGAACUACUAUGGGUUGGUUAAACAAGAUCUUCAAAGGCUCUAACCAAAGGCCCCCCGUGGGGAAUGAGCACUAUCAUCAUAAUGGCGGCUAUUACGAGAACUACCCGCACGAACAUUCUGAGCCUAGUGCAGAGACAGAUGCUGAUCAUACGCAGGAACCAUCUACUUCUGAGGAAGAGACAUGGAAUGGGAAGGAAAAUGAAGAAGUAGACCGUGCAAUUGCAUUGUCUAUUUUAGAAGAAGAGAAUCAAGGACCAGAGACUAAUACAGGCGCCUCAGGGAAACACGCAAUGAUGGAUGACGAUGAGCAACUUGCUAGAGCCAUACAAGAGAGUAUGAUAGUUAGGAAUGGAACUACUUAUGACUUUGGGAAUGCAUAUGGGAAUGGACAUAUGCAUGGAGGAGGCAAUGUAUAUGACAGUGGUGAUAUUUAUUAUCCAAGACCUAUUGCUUUCUCAAUGGACUUCAGGAUUUGUGCUGGCUGCAAUAUGGAGAUUGGCCAUGGAAGAUAUCUGAAUUGCCUCAACGCACUAUGGCAUCCACAAUGUUUUCGAUGUUAUGGCUGCAGUCACCCAAUCUCUGAGUACGAGUUCUCAACGUCUGGGAACUACCCUUUUCACAAAGCUUGUUACAGGGAGAGGUUUCAUCCAAAAUGUGAUGUCUGCAGCCUCUUUAUUCCAACGAACCGUGCUGGUCUUAUAGAGUAUAGAGCACAUCCUUUCUGGGUCCAGAAGUAUUGCCCAUCUCACGAACACGAUGCUACUCCUAGAUGUUGCAGUUGUGAAAGAAUGGAGUCACGGAAUACAGGAUAUUUUGAACUCAACGAUGGACGGAAGCUUUGCCUUGAGUGUCUAGACUCAUCGGUGAUGGACACUUUUCAAUGCCAGCCUCUGUACUUGCAGAUACAAGAGUUCUACGAAGGACUUAACAUGACGGUAGAGCAGGAGGUUCCACUUCUCUUGGUUGAGAGGCAAGCACUUAACGAAGCCAGAGAAGGUGAAAGGAAUGGUCACUAUCACAUGCCAGAGACAAGAGGACUCUGCCUUUCAGAGGAACAAACUGUUAGAACUGUGAGAAAGAGAUCGAAGGGAAACUGGAGUGGGAAUAUGAUUACAGAGCAAUUCAAGCUAACUCGCCGGUGCGAGGUUACUGCCAUUCUCAUCUUAUUUGGUCUCCCUAGGCUACUCACCGGUUCGAUUCUAGCUCAUGAGAUGAUGCACGCGUGGAUGCGGCUCAAAGGGUUCCGGACACUGAGCCAAGAUGUUGAAGAGGGGAUAUGUCAAGUGAUGGCUCAUAAGUGGUUAGAAGUUGAGUUGGCUGCUGGGUCUAGAAACAGCAACGCUGCAUCAUCUUCUUAUGGAGGAGUGAAGAAGGGACCAAAGUCGCAGUACGAGAGGAAGCUUGGUGAGUUUUUCAAGCACCAGAUAGAGUCUGAUGCUUCUCCGGUUUAUGGAGAUGGGUUCAGGGCCGGGAGGUUAGCAGUUAGCAAGUAUGGUUUGAGGAGAACACUUGAGCAUAUACAAAUGACUGGGAGAUUCCCGGUUUAAGAACUCCAAAGUCUUUUUCGAUUGAGUUUUUGUUUUAUAGGAUCCUUGGUAGAUUGUUAUUACAUAAUACUCUUAAUUCUUUUGCUGAAAAUAUGAAAUUUCUCGACUA